UCCAGCGUCACGUCCGAGGCAGGCAAGAGGCGCUAGCCCACCCACCCACCGGGGAACUGCCUGGAGCCGCCCCUCCCGGUUCGGUCCCGAGCCCUGCGAGGUCAGGCUCCUUGUCCUGAGGCGGGAGGAGUUUCCCACAAUGCGCUAGUGCGCUAUCCGCGGUGCUGAAGCUGCGCUCGUGGCUCUGCCCGCAUCCCUCCCUCUACGCCCAGCCUCUCUGCCAAUUCCCCGUCCGCCGGAAGCAGGCGUUGGGCUAGGCAUGAGUCUCGGCCAGUGAAGGCGGGGAUGGAGGAGCGCAGCCCGUACCAGCAGAGCUGCCCGGAGGCCGGCGGGGCCUCCUUGGUGCUGGGCACGGGCAGAGGGGACUGUCGGGCCCGCUGUGCCGCGGCUGUGGAAUUGGAGGCCAAGCUCCAGCGGGCGGUGGAAUUCAAGGCGGAGGGGCAUCGCUGCUACAAGCAGAAGAAGCUCCGCGAAGCCAUCGGCAAGUAUCACCGAGCCCUGCUGCAGCUGAAGGGACUGGAACCGCCGGCCGCCGAGGGGGAGACCGAGGCGGCGGCUGCGAAGAGCAGCUCGCUGGUCGCCUGGCGUCGCCUGUCCGCCGAGCAGCGGGAGCAGGCGGACAGCACCGAGAUGGAGUGCUACGAUAGCCUGACUGCCUGCCUCCUGCAGUCGGAGCUGGUGAACUACGAGCGAGUCCGCGAAUACUGCCUCAAGGUGCUGGCCAAAGAGAAGGGCAACUUCAAAGCCAUGUACCGCGCGGGCAUCGCCUUCUACCACCUGGGCGACUGCGACAAGGCCCUGCUCUACCUGAAGGAGGCCAAGGGCCGCCAGCCCACAGACACCAACGUCCUCCGCUACAUCCAGCUGACGGAAAUGAAGCUCAGUCGCUGCCACCAGCGCGAAAAGGAGGUGACCGCGUAGGACGGACCUGCUCCUCCCUCCUUCCCUCCCGUCUGGCCGGGCCGGGCCUUGAUCCAAGCCUCAGCUGCGUCCAAGAUCCGGGAAUCCGCGAUGCUCUCCAGAGACAGCUUGACCCGGAUUGCGGGCUGGAGAAUGUAGUGUCUUUUUGCCAAACA